CGGCACGCACAGCCACCGGGACCGGCUCGGAGACGCACGCAGGAGUCCCCUGGACCGGAGGCGCCGAGACCAGAAGCGGUGAAGCCAUGGGGAGCCCCGAAGACGACUUGAUUGGGAUCCCUUUCCCGGAGCACAGUAGCGAGCUUUUGGGACGCCUGAACGAGCAGCGUCGGCGGGGGGUAUUGUGUGACGUCACUCUGCGGACCCAGGGUUCCGAAUACCGGACCCAUCGAGCCGUACUGGCUGCAUCGAGCCGCUAUUUCCAACGGCUCUUCGCAGGGCCAGGCAUGGGGGUGUGCGAACUAGAUUUCGUGGGCGCCGAGGCUCUGGGAGCCCUCCUGGACUUUGCCUACACCGCCACAUUGACCAUCAGCACGGGCAGCCUCGGUGAGGUGUUGCGCGCCGCGCGCCUCCUCGAGAUCCCUUGCGUCAUCUCGGCCUGUAUGGAGAUCUUACAAGGCAACGGUUUAGAGGCCCCCGUCCCUGACGACGCUGCCCGCGAACGCGCCCGCCGCUAUCUGGAAGCCUUUUCCACCCUGCCCAAUGCUGAAGGGGACUUGGCCGAGCCACCAGCUUGCCCGGCUCCCCGCCGCAGCAAGAAAACCCGCAAGUUUCUGCAAACGAAAGGCUCCCGCCUCAACAACCACAUCAUGGAGCAUUCUCUUUCGCCAUCUCCCUCCUCGACAGGGACGCAGGAGCGCCCGAGCCCUCCCAGCCAGGCCUCUCCUGCUCCAGCCUUUGGCCUCCCCAGAGAGGACGAGGAAGAGUUACUCCAACCCUCUCGCACCUAUCCUUACCCCUAUGCCCGUGGCCUCUCGCCUGAGGAUCUGGGUUCGGAUGAAGAGCCGGUUGACCCCAACGUCAUGAACUGCAUCCGUGCGUUGAACACGGAUGGGUUGUCUCCGAGUCUCGAUGCUCCCGACAAGCUGGUGCGCAAACGCCGUUCUCAGAUGCCUCAGGAGUGUCCUGUCUGCCACAAGGUGAUCCAUGGCGCUGGCAAGUUACCGCGCCACAUGCGCACCCACACCGGAGAGAAGCCAUUUGCCUGUGAAGUCUGUGGGGUCCGCUUCACUCGGAAUGACAAGCUGAAGAUCCACAUGCGGAAACAUACGGGCGAGCGCCCGUACUCCUGCCCGCAUUGCCCGGCUCGCUUCCUUCACAGCUAUGACCUGAAGAACCAUCUCCACCUGCACACGGGCGCUCGCCCCUACGAGUGCUGCCUUUGCCACAAGGCUUUUGCCAAGGAUGAUCACCUGCAGCGCCACCUCAAGGGCCAGAAUUGCCUGGAAGUGCGGACGAGGCGCCGGCGUCGCGGGGGCGAACACGAGUCCGAGGCUUUGCCCACCGCGGGGACGCCCCCGCCCUCCACCGACCUCGAGUUGACCAACGGGCAAAUCGAGGGGCUGCUCUCCCUUGCCCGCUACUGGGAUCAGGACCGUGCCCGUCACACCCCGUCUCCAGUUCCCAAAGAAGAGGAGGAAGAGGAGGAGGAGGAGGAAGAGGAGGAAGGCGUCGUCGAGAAGAUGCAAACCGAUGGGCCGGCAGCAAUAGAAAUGGCGUAAGGCCUGGGCCUAGGCCUUGACCCUGCCUUGCUUGGACUGUUGCUAUGGCAACUCUGUAGGGACUCCGCCAUUGACUAGAUGCACUAUUCUCCCCCAUCCCUUGCUAUGCCAUCGUUAUGGGGACCGUAUCAAGGUACCAGGCUGUUGGCACGGCAACCGGAUGCACUAUGCCCCACCCUGUCUCCCAGUGGGCUGCCUCCGUGCCUUUAUUGGCCUCUGAGGGUGGGGGCAGAGGCAGUUCUGAACCAAAGAGGUCCCCAACGUGGGACAGGGGUGGGGUGGGAACAACGUGUGAAGAGUCUGUGUGCUCAGGAUUGCAAAAUAAGCAGUUAUGUAGGGGUAGAAUGCAGGGUGGGGUGGCGGUCCUGACUUCCUGAGGGGGGAGGGAAAAAACCAAAACAAAAAAGUACGACAACUAAAAUUCGGCAAGGAGUGGAAGUGGCUGGCACCACGUGGGCCUCAGACCCCAUUCUUUUUAAGCUCUUCCCUUCAAUUUUAGAAGGCGGGGGUGGGUGGGGGAGACAUAGCCAGACUCUUUGGAAAAGCAGGUGGCAACUACACAUUGUUCAAGAGGCUUGGGAGAGAGCCAGGACUCCUGGCUUCCGUGCCCACUUCCGGGUCACAUUGCCCUCCUCUUGUUGGACUGUAGAACUUUGUUUCUAAGGCAAAAAAAGAGGGGUGUGUGUGUGUGUCUUGAGCGAUCUUUUCUCCCUUCCCCCUUUUGGACGUGGCAGCUGUUUUGGCUUUGUGCAGGGGGGGUGGGGGUGGGGAUCUCUCCACCCAGGGCAGUCCCUGUUCUGACUGGAGGAACAGGCCGUGCCCGGCUGUGCUGCACCUUGUUCUUUUUGCACAGCUGAGGUGGGUUCCGUGUCAUGCCAAGCUCCUGCCGCCCCCUCGUGGGUCUCCCGCACAAUGCAGUUGGCUGGAUUCUCUGCUGUCCUCCGUUCACCCAUGGGGGUGGGAGGGGGCAUAAAUCUUCACGAGUCUUCUGCCCCAAUAUUGUUGCAACACACACACACACCUCUUUACAGUGAGAGACAUUUAGCACUUGGAUGGAUGGGGAAAAGGGGGGGGUCCAUCUCUUCCUAAAUAAUAGCUUUAUGCAUUUACCUGGAAUUAUCCCCUGUCCCCAGAAGAUUUUCCAUAGGGGGGGGGGAAACCCUUUGUGGGGAGGGGGGUUACAGUUUGUGGGGUUAUCCCCCAGCCCCAAAGAUUCCUCCACAGUAAAAAAAAAUCACAUUUUGUGUCCUUCCUUUCCCCAUUCGUUAAUUGCCCCACAUCCUAUUUUCUACCACUCUGUUGCACUAGGGUAUGCCAGUCAGUGGGUGUGACUGCAAUUUGGGGGUUGGACUGGCAUACUGUGGGGUUGGUGGGAGGUGGGGGGGGCAGGUGUAUCUAUCCCCCCCCCUGCCUGUUUGCACAUUCCUUGGGUUUCUGAUUCCCCCUCACCCCUUUGGAGGGGGCAGAGUAGCUUUUUUGUGUUGUGGGGGGAAGGUAGUCACGGGUAGGAGAAAGACCUCCUCGAGUAUUAAUUCAGAGUUUAUCUAUAUUUAAGAGAUGAUGUAAUAUAUUAUUUCCAAUCCUGCCCUCUGCCCCAGAAGCAGUGGCCCGGGGGUCUCUCACCAUGGAGGAGGCAAAGGAGGGGGUGGCAUUGGGUGUCUUCCUUGGCUUUAAAGUGCCUGUAUGUUUGAACUUGAAUUUUUAGCUACUUGAAAAUCCAUAAAUGCAGUGUAGGGCUCAGCUGGCAGCUCUUUCCCCUAACAGGUUUGGCCCAGCCUGGGCUCUUUCCUGUUUUAUUCCCCCCACCUUUGCCUCAUCGUCUUUAGAGCUCCCUCUUCCCCCAGUUGCUGCUUCUCAGUUAUUGAGAAAAAAUGUGCUUUUGGGGGAGGGGGGGGAGAGGAAUCUUCCUGCUGACUUUUCAUGUUGGGUAUGCCCCCCACCAGCAGUGUGGGGGGCCCUAGAUAAUAUGCAUGCUGUAGGAGACGAGAGGGGCAUCCCUCUCCCCCCUCCACGCCCUUUCUCCUGGUGACUGUUGUCCGUGGAAGCUGCUUCACAAUAAAAUGGAGAGCAGGGAACCUGUGGCCUACAGCACUCUCUCUGGCAUCCAUGUGUGUUUCGUUGCGGGAAACUGCACAAGGAGGUUGGUGUGCGACUGUUGAGGGAGUGGGCGGUGGUGGUAUGGGUGUGUGCUUCAGAGGCGUGGCAGAUCACAGCUCCCCACUGCUUGUACUGGCAGUGGGAGGGAAGUGGGCACGACUGCUGUGUGUGCGCGCGCAUACGCGUGCAAAUGUUUGCACGGGAGCAAAGGAAAGCGUGCAAUGCGGAAAAGCACUUCCCUGUGUCAGGCACUUGAAAGCUGUGGUCCGUUGCGGUUCCCCUUGGUGUACACCUGCAGUAAGAGGUGCAUCACGUUGUGACUGCCGCGCAUGAAUCCUUAUGCAAGCUCCUUUGACACCGUGUGUCAGAAUUUAAUAGCUAAGUAUCCUUUUUAAAUGGGAGAAGGGGCAGACGUAUUGGAUGGGCACCCAUCUUGGCCAGUCCUAUUAGACCCCUCGAUUGCCCCAUCUCUGCUAGCCCUACUGGCCCCCUUAGACGUCCUUCUUCCAUCUCCAGCAUGGGACGCCUAUCAGAUUUCACCUCCUCUUUCUCCUGCAAGGGGUGUCCCUCAGAUUUUGCCUCUUCUUGCAAGGGGCUUCUAUUGGUUUUUGCCUCUUCUUUCAAGGGACUUCCAUCAGAUUUCACCUCUUCCAGCUCCUCGGAUGCCUCUGGAGAUCCCUCACUGCUGCUGUCCUCUGCCUGGUCUUGAUAGCUGAAAUCCAGGCUGCUUUAAGAGAAGGGGGAGCUUGUGUGAUUCUACUACUUACACACCCAGGUUAACGACUUCUGGGGCAGGAAGCAAUUUUCUUCAGGCCAGUUUGGCCAGGGAUCCUGGAAGGGUUUUUUUGACAUCUUCUGGGCAUGGUACAGGGGUCACACGUGUGUGUGUGGGGGGGGGGGAGGUAGUUGUGAAUUUCCUGCAUUGUGCAGGGGGUUGGACUAGAUGACCCUGGAGGUCCCUUCCGAUUCAACGAUUGAAAUGUCAUGCUUUCCCCCUCCCCGUGAGCAUUAUCAUUUGGGAAGGUGCAUAGGAUUCUUAUGCAUCUCUCUACCCUUUUCGGGAAAAGCGGUUCCAAGUUUAAAUCCGCAAUUUCGAAUUUCCAUAUCAAGGGCAGAAUUUGCAGUUUUCACUCUAACGCAAGGCUAGGGUUUCCCUCCCUCCAGGCAUACCAUCAGCAAAAGAGUGGGUCAUUUUACGCUGGCAUCCGUGUUAGUUAUGCCCAGUAAAAACUUUUUCCUGCUGUAUAACUUUUUUUUUAAAAAAUGGGGUCAUCUUACAUUCGGGAUCGUCCUCCUUUUGAGUAAAUGUGGUAUUUCUGCCAUGCCAUUAAAAGUAGAACAACCGAGCCAUGAGAAAAUUUGGGGCAGGGUAUGAGCUUUCGUGAGUCGCAGCUCGCUUCUUCAGAUACCUGAAGUGAGCUGUGACUUUCGAAAGCUCAUACCCUACCCUGAAUUUUGUUGGGCUUAUAGGGGCUACUGGACUCUUGCUCUUUUCUACUGCUACAGAUAGACUAACACAGCUACACAUCUUGAUCUAUCAACCAAGCCACUGUGGGCAGAAAUCCCCGGCUCAAGAAAGAUCGGAGCGUGCCAGUCUGUCGAGGACAUUUUUCUCCCACCCUUCAAUAUGGGUGCCACCCUCUGCCUUUUAGGAACAGGUGCUAGGCAGGACUUCCAACAGGUUUAGCACUACUCAAUCCCAGUCCCUUUGUUACUAAGGGCAGCCAGCCUCCAUAAGGAGAAAUCGCAGCAACCUAAAGUAAGGAGGGGCCGUGGCUUGCAGGCAGAGCCAUGAUUCAGGGUUGGAGCAUCUGUGGUUAAUCCCCAGCUUCUCCUAGUUUUUCAAUAAGGAAUGGGUAGUGAGGCAGGGGCCAGGGGCCACCCAAGGAUUUGGGGUGCCCUAGAGCAGCUGUGAGGGAGCUAGUUAAGAUCCUUAAAGAUAAAGAUGUCUCUCUGGGCGCCAAGAUCAAGAUAAUCCAAACUCUGGCAUUCCCCAUUGCCAUGUAUGGAGGUGAAAGUUGGACAGUGAAGAAAGCUGACAGGAAGAAAAUGGAUUCAUUUGAAAUGUGGUGCUGGAGGAGAGUUUUGUGGAUACCAUGGAUGGCUAAAAAGACAAAUAAGUGGGUUCUAGAUCAGAUCAAGCCUGAAUUCUCCCUAGAAGCUAAAAUGACAAAAUUGAGGCUAUCGUACUUUGAAAAGACAAGAUUCUCUGGAAAAGUCAAUAAUGGUAAGAAAGGUGGAAGGCAGUAGGAAAAGAGGAAGACCUAAAACAAGAUGGCUUGACUCAAUAAAAGAAGCCAUGUCCAGUUUGCAGGAUGUGAGCAAAUCUGUUAAUGAUAGGACGUUUUGGAGGUCUUUCCUUCAUAGGGUCGCCAUAGGUCGCAGGCGACUUGACGGCACAUCACACACACAUAACACACAGGCAAACUAUGGUGCUAGUGCCCCCCUUCCAACAAACACAAUGAAAUGCCAACUGGCUCCUUCCAAGGGCUGCAAUCCUAAACAUCAGGGAGAAAAUCCCCCAGAACAUAGACUUUCUUCUGACUGACCAUGGGAGAUACUCAUAGGAGGAAUGCUGGUUUGACUCCUUCUACCCUGC